AUGCCUCGACUAUGGCUGGUACGCAAUAGUAUCGUUCAUCUUCUCAUCGUCUUGGGCAUUUUCAGGGAGCUACACUGGCCACUGAAAACGGGGUCAGAGAUAACAUCUGUCAGAGCUCUAGUGCAUAAGCGCUCAACUCGCUCCUCAAAACUAGUGCUAACGCAGCGCAAACUAGAAGCCGUUUCGCUUCUUGACGAAAAUGGCGCACGACACGACCUACUUAAAGGCCAUAAAACAAUACUCCCUUCAUUCUGGCCUUCCCUAACUGGCUUCACACAAGGGUGCACUCUAAUGAUUGAGAAGGCGACUAUGGGUCAUAUAGACAUUACGAGUGUGCUAGGAUUGGACAAUCCGCUUUUGAUAUACUACGAAACACAAGUCGAACAUCUUUAUUCAGUAUCUCAUAGGCAAGGCUCUAGACCCUCGAAUACCACUUGUAUCAAUCUCCCUCUAGAAGCCCAGCCACAACCUUCUAUCGUUAAUUUAGUUAAGCUUCGGGGGCUGAGCGACAUACGUCCCACUAACGCACAGGAAACGUAUUUGCCAGUCGCCCAACUCCUUCCUAUUUUUUUCCGAAGCAAAUCCGGACUGGACGGACAAAGGCUAGAAAGACCUCUCCGCUACCUACGCUACACUCUCCUUAGGUGUCACUCGCGGCAAGUCCUAAUGAUGCUGGUCGAACUCCGCGAAGGCAUUCUAUUCUGGAUCGCAAUUCUCAGUGCACUAGCAGUUCAUAGUGAAUUUUGGGAGCUUCACAAUGAAUGCUGA